AUGGGGGCGGGCAAGAGCAAGCCCAAGGAACCGGGCCAGCGCUCCAUGAGCCUGGACGGCACCAUUGGCACAGGCUCAGACAGCGGGCACUUCCACCACCUGGGCCCUGCCCAGCAGACCCAGACCCCUAACAGGAGCCCUGCCGUUGGGACAGGCAGGAGGGGGCAAGGGCAGCACCAGCACGCCCCGACGAACACGCCUGAGCUUGCUCUCUUUGGAGGGGUGGACCACACAGGCACCGUCACCUCACCUCAGAGAGGACCUCUGUCAGGAGGUGUCACUACAUUUGUGGCGUUGUAUGACUAUGAGUCACGGACAGCAUCUGAUCUGACCUUUAGGAAAGGCGACAGGCUGCAGAUUGUCAACAACACAGAAGGGGACUGGUGGCUCGCCCGCUCGCUGACGACGGGAGAGAGCGGUUACAUCCCCAGCAACUAUGUGGCUCCAUCCGACUCCAUCCAAGCAGAAGAGUGGUAUUUUGGGAAGAUCACUCGGCGUGACUCAGAGAGGAUCCUUUUGAACUUACAGAACAGGCGAGGAACCUUCUUGGUGAGGGAGAGCGAGACCACUAAAGGGGCAUAUUGCCUGUCAGUGCUGGAUUAUGAUAACACCAAAGGCCUGAAUGUUAAACAUUACAAGAUCAGGAAGCUGGAUAGCGGAGGUUUCUACAUCACUUCCCGCACCCAGUUCACCAGUCUACAGCAGCUAGUCUUCCACUACCGCAAGCACUCUGAUGGGCUGUGCCACGCUCUAACAGACGUGUGUCCUGUGGCCAAACCACAGACCCAGGGACUAGCCAGGGAUGCCUGGGAAAUCCCUCGAGAGUCUCUCCGCCUUGACCUUAAACUAGGACAGGGCUGCUUUGGAGAAGUCUGGAUGGGUACAUGGAACGGUACAACACGGGUAGCCAUCAAGACCCUGAAGCCUGGCACCAUGUCUCCGGAGGCCUUUCUACAAGAAGCGCAGGUCAUGAAGAAGCUCAGGCACGAGAAGCUGGUCCAGCUGUACGCUGUGGUGUCCGAGGAACCGAUCUACAUUGUGACAGAGUAUAUGAGUCAAGGUAGCUUACUGGACUUCCUUAAAGGAGAUGCAGGAAAAAUGCUUCGUCUGCCUCAGCUGGUAGACAUGGCAGCUCAGAUUGCUGCAGGAAUGGCCUACGUGGAGAGGAUGAACUACGUCCAUAGAGACCUGCGUGCUGCUAACAUCCUGGUGGGAGACAACCUGGUGUGUAAAGUGGCCGACUUCGGUCUGGCAAGACUCAUUGAAGACAAUGAGUACACCGCGAGACAAGGGGCUAAGUUUCCAAUCAAAUGGACAGCACCGGAGGCAGCUCUGUACGGUCGUUUCACCAUCAAGUCUGAUGUCUGGUCCUUUGGUGUGCUGCUUACUGAGCUGGCAACUAAAGGCAGAGUCCCCUAUCCAGGCAUGGUAAACCGUGAGGUCCUCGAUCAGGUGGAGCGCGGCUACAGGAUGCCGUGCCCGGCAGAGUGCCCCAGCUCCUUGCACGAGCUCAUGCUCUCCUGCUGGAGGAAGGAUCCAGAAGAGAGGCCUACAUUUGAGUACCUGCAGGGCUUCCUAGAGGACUACUUCACCUCCACAGAACCCCAGUAUCAGCCUGGGGAGAACCUAUAGAACCACACACUGAACCAACCUGAGGGAGGACCUCAACACAGAACGAUCUGCACUAACCGACCUCAGAGGAGCGCCUGUGGGAGGAUCUAAGCCUGUGAAACUCAUCUGGGAGGAACUUGUCAUUCUUCUGUGGAAGCAGAACCAAGAUAGAGAACUGUAGAAGUCCCCUCUGUGCCAUAAAAUAACUGCUACAGAAGAAUGUGGAGAACCUCCUUUUUGCUCACUGUUUACUGUAGGUUCUCCAUA